AAUAUUAAAAAGUAGGUAAGCGAUGGUAGGUAAGGAGUCAAAGGAAAAGGUCCAUGAUUUCUGGUUAGGUGGAGUUGAAAGUGAAGCACUCAAUACGCUUCUCCUCUUCCCUUCUUCCUCCAACCUGCGGCUUCAAUUCUUCCACAUUUCUUCAACCAUUACUUAUAUUCGGGCUCUAACUUCAUCAUCUAAUUUCAAUACAAAAACUCAGUACCGCCUACACGCCCGUCGGCCACAAUUGCUGAAACUGAAAUUUCUUUAAGCAGCCAAUUGUAUAUAUCUAUUUUUCUCGAUCCCCAUUAUAUCUCAUAAUCCAAUGGAAGCAUCAUACCUAAUUAAUUAUCAUCAUGUCCCCAAAACCCAUUGCCCUGCAAGAUCAAGGUCCACUCUCAGAUCAUCACAUUUCAUGGUAGGAGCUAGUAAAUCUAUUAGACUCGAUUUGAAUAGCGAUAAGACUGGUAGAGGUGUAUUGGGCAUAAAAGCAGGCGAGAAGGAUAAGGAUAGCUUUUCUGUUAAGAAGGGAACUCCUUAUACAAACUAUGCAGUGUCCCUGGACAAUCCACCUGCAUCAUUUUACAUAACUCGCUCAUUGGUAGAGAUUCUACGUGAUUUGAACAAAAGGGUCCCAGACAAGAUCAUCAAAAUCAAGCAGGAAGGAGGCUCUCAGAUCAAAUAUAUUCCCUGGUACCAUGCAAAUCGGAUGCUCAGCUUUUAUGCACCAGGCUGGUUGGGAGAAAUCCGCAGUUUGACAUUCUCUGAUGAUGCAAGAUCUGUCUCAGUGGUUUAUCGAGUUACAAUUCGAGGAUCUGAUGGAGAGGCGUACCGAGAAUCAUCGGGUACUGUCUUCUUGGAGGAUAAUCAGUGUGGGGAUCCUGUUCAAAAGGCAGAGGAAAUUGCAUUCACUAGAGCAUGUGCUAGGUUUGGUCUUGGAUUGUAUCUUUACCACGAAGAUGAGACAGCAAAAGAUUCCAACAUAUAAAGGAGACAAAAAAUUGACAACCAGAUGGGAAUUUUAAAUCCUGUAUGUUUCACCUUCAGACAGGCUUAUGACUGAUUUCCUUUAGAGUUAGUCAUUUGAUUGCUGGAAAGAGAAUGUUACAGAAUCAGUAGGCAGAUAGCUCAAGUUGCUGGUGCAUCUGUUUAUUAUAUAAUAGGACAAUAUGAUUACAGAUUGCCAAUGAAUGUUGGUAAUAGGAAUGUAUAUUUGUUUGUCCUCAAGGAAUAGAAAGAAAUAUUAAAAGGUUUAUUCCUGUUUCAGGUAAUAUUAAAUAUUCUCUCACCCUUUAUAAUGA